AUGGAAUGAAAAGUGUUUUAUAGCAUUUAUUUAAAUUUCGCAGGAUGAAAACAUGUUUUGAUUACCAGGCUUUGAAUUUUAUUUUGUUGCUUAUUUUAGGUAAUUUCAAGGACAUUUUAAAUUCCAUUCUUUUCUAUUCGAUUCGAUUCUGUUCUAUUCUGUUCUGCUUUCUAUAAUGUAGCGAAUGCCUUUCAUAUCCCGUCACAACACAGAUCAGAUUACUUUCCCCUUUUGGUGCAUAGAUUUAAGGAGUCCUGUAUAUCAGUUAAAAUUCGGUGCAUAAAUGAAACCAGUUUUAUCGUGCGAUGGCAUGCAUAUCCGACAUUAUCCGAUAUAAAACAUAAAAUCACAUCCAUUCUUCCCUGGUUCACAAAAUUCAUUAAAGAUGUAAGACAACAGAUGAUAAUAAAUCGUAAAUAAAAAUUAAAUCAAACAUGUGUUGAUAUUAAAAUUUCAGUCAAAGACAACAACUCUAAUUUCAGGAGUAAAAAUCGCUUCAAAUGAAAUGAACCGUAUGAUUUCAUUUCGAUGUUAGAGAUAAAAUUACCCAAAUAAAUUGUCAUAUAUUUACAAAAACGUCUUUAUGCACAUUUUUAUAUACGAUUUCGAAUUCUAAACACAUAUUCGAAAUUUCCAUAUUACGCCUAUUCUAAAAAAUGUUUUGUGAGUUAAAACGGAUUGUAACAACAGAAGAUAUAUUUUUAAGUAUUUAUCUGGAAAAUAAAUGUAAAUAAUAAUAUAUUCCAAAUACUCUAACCACUCUUAGAAUGAAAAACAAAAUAGCAUAUGUGUAACUUUGAAAUAUCGUUAAAUAUCUAGCAUUUUGAUCAAUUUACUAGUGUACAUUCAUACAAUAUAUAUAACAAUAACAAAACAUUUAUUUUGUUUGUCAAAUUAUGCCCGAAGCCACUUGUACAUUAUAGAUAAAAUAGUUAUAAUGGAUGAUAAAGAAACCUUAAGUAUAGCCGCGAAACAUACAUAACAAUUAUAAUAAUAAUUUAAAUGACAUGUGUACAUGAAUUAAAUAGCUUCCUGUUAAAGUAUGUGUUGUUGUUUAAGACGAAUUAUUCCAUGUGAAGUUAAAUCAUGCGGUAGAUGUUCUAGAUAUAUACUACUUUUAUUUGGCAUUGUUGGCUUAAUGUCCACCUUUGUUUAUAUAGAUAUUGCGCCCGACAUUCAUACAAUGUACAUCAACGGAUCUCUCAGCGAUAGGACGACGUAUUUCAUACGUGACGUCAUUGCGUUUGUUGCUCAUGAAACAGCUUCCGGUAUGAGUCACAACACGACGCUGUUAAAACCUCUGAGACACAAGGAAGAUUUCAGUAAUGUCUCCACUUUACUUCGCGGGACUAUCAACACUGGCACAGGAAAUGCUGAAGAAAAUACUAAAGACACCAGUUUGAAUACCAGCGAACAUUUGGAAACUAAAAUCCCAAAACAAUUUGAAAUUCGUAAUAAUUGGAGUUAUUAUACAUCGUCGGACCUACAAAUAUUCAUACUGUCAGCUAUCGGGUCUAAUGCAACGUCACGAAAUGGCUAUAAAGCAGAAAUUAAGUUGAACGGUUGGCACUAUAUUAUACAUAAAACUAUUCCCAUUAAAUGCUGCGUGCUUCGGAAUUCUGGGAAAAUAUCUGAAUAUUUGAAUCCAAAGAGAACUCAUCAGAAUAAAAGGAUUCCGCUUUUAGGGACCCAGAUCGCAUGUCCAAUAAAAGGACCCCUGAGUGACGUGAAGGGCGUGACGCUACAGUUUUUAAGGAAACAAUGUCCGGAAAACAAACAAGUAUAUAUAAGGCCUUUACUACCUGAAAUACCAGCAAAACCCGUUUCCAUGGUGAUAUGCUUGAAACUAUUAUAUGGAAAUAUUGACAAUAUGGCGCUGAUUUACUGGAUAGAGUUUUACAUUGAAAUGGGUGUAGAUAAGAUUUUCACAUUUACUUAUAACAUCGGAAGAAACACACAGAAAAUUCUUGGACAUUAUUACAACAUGGGAGUUCUAGAGUGGAGAAAGUUUAAUUUCCCGAUGAAAAGAUUGCGAAAAGUCGGUCAGAAGGUCCCCGUUUUCUGGGAGGACGAGCAAGUUCUUGUCUAUGAUAUGUUUUCUCGUUUCCAUGGUUACACAUACUUUGCAAUUAUUGACUUGGACGAAUAUCUACUGCCACGAAAACACAACAAUCUGAAGAACAUGAUGACAUACUUGACGAAAACUUAUCCUGGUGCUGCCGGUUUUACAUUUAAUUCUUAUAUUUUCAAUAAGAAAUGGGGAAUAAGCGGUACACAUAACGGAUCUACUGUGGAAAAGUUUGUAAAACGGACCCCAUUAUUUACUGGUAUUUAUGCCAGAAGAAAGAAUAUCCUCCUACCGUCGAGAGUUUUAUUUAACAGCUUCUUCCAUACACAUACAUACACACCAAAGAAUGGUUACAAAAGAGUUAUAGUGAAAGGUUCUAUAGCAACGAUAAAUCACUAUCGAGUAUGUUACUCCAAUUUGAAGCACUUAUGUGACAGAAAUCGAGCAAAAACCGACAAGGAAAUUCUGAAAGUAGUCGAGAAAAUCAAACCAAGAACACAAUGGUUCUCUGAUUCAGGAGGUAAAACUUGAUUUACUGACGUGUGCAAAACUUGAAUUAAAAAGCAGGUUUAUAAAAGGAAAUUAGGACAGGCAGCGAGGGACAACUUAGAUCAUGUUGAAAGGACUGCUGUGUUCAGAAUUCUUGGUUGUAUACACCAUCACUUGUAGUGUAAUUGAAUAAGAUAGGAGCUGAUGUUAAUAAGUUAUCAAUGUGGCAAUUAACUGUCUGUUUCUGUUGUGUAUAAACAUGUAUUAUUGGAGCAAUUUUUACUAUGAUGAUAAUUGAGUGCAUUUUUUUUCUAUGAAAAAAAAAUGUAUAUAAGCAAAUAUUUCAACAUGUUAUAAAACACCGAAUUGACAUGCAACACAGGACGGUACUCUCUGAUUUGUAUAUUU